UGCUUCGAAAACCUGUUAUGGUCAAGUCGUUUUAUUUUCUUUUUUCUUCUGGCACAAAUUUUUCGACCGCGGAGACAUCAACUAGUGACUAGGUGUCGAAUUUUACUCCGAAUUUUCCCAACUGUUCACGGAGCGGUUGCUGCGCGCGUCGUCAAAUAAAAUAACUAAUACUAAAAUAAAAAUAAAAUAAUUUGAACUCGGAGGAAGGCGGUUGCUCGAUACUCUGUACAUAAUACAUAUGUAUAUGAUUGUUGUGUAUGUGUACCACUCUUGACUCUUCCCUCCAUCUUUGGUGCCCGUAGUGUUAAAGAUAUGUUGCAUACAAAAUAAGAUUAAAAAGGUUUUAAAGAGGUAUCUUAAACGUAGAACAGCCGCAUACAGAUACACACACGGACUAAUACUCAUAUAUUAACAUAUACUGCCACCACCCUCGUUGUCGUUGUCGUUGCCGUCGUUGUUUUUGCUGCUGCCUUCGUCGCUGCAGCACAGCCAAGUUAGAGAACAAGUGCGCCGCAGCCCUCCGCGCGUAUUUUUAAUUGCUUUAACAUGACGUCGUCUGGACUCAGAGCGGCGGCAGCGCUGCUGCUGCUCUGCGCCGCCACGUUUGCAGCUGCCGCAGAGCUGUCGGACAAAUUGCGCGAUGAUUCGGAGCUUUCUCAGAGCACUGCCAAAUCCUUCAGGCGCCUUAUGCCAGUUAGGUUCUACAGCCAAGUGGAGCAGAAUCCCAUUGCCAAUGCAACGCUGACGCUGCGCAGCUGCACGAUCUUCGUGCCCACCAAUGAGGCCUUCCAGCGCUACAAAGGGAGCAUCCAUGUGCUCUAUCACAUUACUACUGCGGCUUUCAGCAAAGAACAACUGCCAAAAUCUGUGUCAUCCGACAUGGACGGCAAUCCGCCGCUGUACAUCACAAAGAAUCGCAAUGGUGACAUCUACGUGAACAAUGCCCGGAUCAUUCCCUCGCUGAGCGUGGAGAUGACCAAUCGCGAGGGCAAGCGUCAGGUCAUGCACAUCAUUGACGAGGUGCUGCAGCCACUGUCCGUUCAGAAGAACGCCAAGGACAACAUCAACAAUCCGGAUGCGAUGCAAUUCCUGCAGAUGGCCGAGCAGCUCGAGCUGAAUGACUUCCACUUGCGCACCUAUCGCUCUCAAGUGACGCUGGCGAAGAAGGAGUCCGUCUACCAGUCGCCCGGAGCUCACACUUUUCUCAUUCCCAUCGACGAGAGCUUCAAGCUCUCGGCACGGAGUGGCCUGGUGGAUGCCAAGGUCAUUGAUGGCCAUGUGAUACCAAACACUGUCAUCUUCACUGCCGCCUCGCAGCACGAUGAUCCCAAGACAUCGGCUGCAUUCGAGGAUCUGCUCAAGGUUACCGUCAGCUUCUUCAAGCAAAAGGAUGGCAAGAUGUACGUAAAGUCCAAUACCAUUGUGGGCGACGCCAAGCAUCGAGAGGGCGUGGUGCUGGCCGAAAUUGUCAAGGCCAACAUACCAGUGCAGAACGGAGUCGUCCAUUUGAUUCACCGCCCGCUGAUGAUCAUCGAUACGACCGUCACCGAUUUCCUAAAGAAAAAUUUUGGGUGUAAUUCGUUCAAGUUCUUGAACGAGAACGGCGAGAACGGAGCUCUGAGAAAGUUCUACGAGGUCAUUAUGGACAACGGCGGCGAAGUGCUGGACGACAUCACCAACCUGUCAGAGGUCACAAUUCUGGCACCCAGCAAUGAUGCCUGGAAUGCAUCCUUAAUCGAAAAUCUUUUAAGAAACCGCAAGAAGAUGAGGGAAAUCCUGAACAUGCACAUUAUUAGGGACCGCUUGAAUGUGGAUAAGAUCAGGCAGAAGAAUGCCAAUAUGAUUGCUCAAGUGCCGACCGUCAACAACAACACGUUCCUGUACUUCAACGUCAAGGGCGAGGGCACCGAUGCCGUGAUCACCGUCGAGGGCGGUGGUGUCAAUGCCACUAUCAUACAGGCCGACGUUGCACAGACCAAUGGCUAUGUACACAUUAUCGAUCGGGUCCUGGGCGUUCCACACACCACAGUUCUGGGCAAGCUGGAGUCCGAUCCCAUGAUGAGUGACACCUACAAGAUGGGCCAGUUCUCACACUUCAACGAUCAGCUGAACAACACUCAGCGCCGCUUCACCUACUUCGUGCCCCGGGACAAGGGCUGGCAGAAGACCGAGCUGGACUACCCAUCUGCCCACAAGAAGCUCUUCAUGCCUGACUUUUCCUAUCAUUCAAAGUCUAUUCUGGAACGCCAUCUGGCCAUUGCGGAUCAUGUGUUCACCAUGAAGGAUCUGGUGCAGUACUCUGAGCAGGCCGGCAACGUUGUUCUGCCCACAUUCCGCGACUCGCUCCAACUCAGAGUGGAAGAGGAGGCUGGACACCUACAUGAUGAGAAUGCUAGUCACGAAUGGACUGGCUAUGUGAUCAUCUGGAACUACAAGAAGAUCAAUGUCUAUCGGCCCGAUGUGGAGUGCACCAAUGGAAUCAUCCAUGUCAUUGACUAUCCGCUGCUGGAGGAGAAGGACGUGGUUGUGAGCGGAGGUAGCUAUCUGACAGAAUCAAGCAUUUGCAUCAUUUUGGCCAACCUCAUAAUGAUAACAGUAGCAAAGAUCUUGAACUAAACGCAUCCAAUAUGUAAAAAUCCAAAUCAAAAAGCAAACGCAAAAGCGAAUCAAACAACAACCGCAACACAUAGCAACCACCACAGUCGUCUACAAACACCUACCAAUCAGCCGAUCAAACCCAAAACUAAAAAACAACAUUCAAAAUCAGACAAAUAUGAAAUAUAUAUGGAUAUAUUUAUAGCCAGCACUAGAUAUAUAUAUAUAUCCAUAUGAUAUCCACGUAUUGAAGAACAAGCAAUCAAAACUGUAUCUGUAUUAUAUGGGUCACAAGCCACAUGCCUCAUGCCCCCCACAUACAUACAUACACACAUAUUCAGACACACACGCAUGCAGAAAAACAAUCUGCUAGAUAGAUUUGCUUUAACAUAACAUGACAGCUUUCCUCUAAAGAUGAUGAUUGAUAAUGAGAAUGAAGAUGGAGAUGAAGAUGAAGAUACUCGUAAAGAUGAAACGAGAGACGAGAUGAAACCUUUACUUUUAAGUAUUAAACUGGAUACCCCUUCUAAGGCCUUAUGUAUUAUAUGAAAUAUAUAACCCAUUGUGUAACAUUUUAAUUUUAUGUUCGACAUAUACUGAUAGCUUACGUUCAUGUCUCUCUACGUUCAUCGGCUCGCUAAGUUUAACAUUUAACCAGCGUACAUGUAUGUGUGCAUAUCUGUACGUAUCGUAUGGAUAGGAACCAUUGAAUAUCUGAUUUUGUUUAUGAUUUUAAGUGUACAUUUUAUUUGUGAAUUGCUUGUUUUAGUUAAUGGUCUAAUUUAUGAGUUAUCCUAAGUAGAAUGCGUAUCGUAUCGUAUCCCAUUCAUGUACAUGUCAACGCAGAAGCAAUAAGCGCAUCACAUACUCACAUACUACAACAUACACAUACACUUACAUUACCAUUACACACACACAUACAAAAACAUUGUAAAAUUCGAUAAAGUGUGAAAGAAAGAUAUUUGAAUAAUAAACUGAAAGUUUUUCAUUUGUAAAUUCGAUGGUACUCGUACGAAACGAAACGAAAUUCUUAACUUGUAAGCCCCAGCAGCAUAUCCUUGCUUGUCUCUAAAUCGAAUGAAAGACAAGAAACGAGCGAGCAAGCCAGAACAAAACUAUUACCGAAAGAACAACAAAAUUCAACUAAAUAAAAUGCCAUCCUGCACUUAGUUUAUAGUCCUGCCAUGCAUGUAAGCCCCCAUACAGAACAGAACAGACACUCACACACACACGCCACACAUCAGACAUCCGACAUCCGACAUGGAACGAAGAUAGCAACUGCAAUUUAGGUUAGAAUGUUUCUAUACUGCCGUCAACUACGAACUACUACAAAACAUACUCCAGCACUCCCUGUAUCCUCAAGGAUAAGUUUACAUAACAGAACACGACAUCUGCAUACUCUCACUGAAUGGAUUUUGAUACAAAUUUUAACCCACAUACAAUAUAUGUAUAAAUACAAGACACUAUGUAUUUGUGAAAUGUAUGUACGAUGACGAUGAUGAUGAUGAUGUGAACCAGAACAAAAUUCUCCUCCCCUGCUGCAUCUGUUGCAGUUGCAGUUGCAUUUUAAACCUUUGAAUGUAGUUGUCAUGUAAAAUUUAUAAAAAACAAAAACAAAAAACAAUCUAGUUUAUAGUCUGAUUUAGAACAACCCAAUGCUAACUAUACAAACUCUUUUUCUAUUCCUCUCUGUCUCUCCCCGAAUAAUGCCAUGUACUUAUAGGUUAGACAUUGUAACUAGCGUGUGUGUCCCAACCUACCAUACAACCAAAACUGAGCGUUAAACAUUGAACUGCUACUACUCUCCUUCUUCUAUGUAAACCUCCCCAAGAGAAACAUGCAUUAACUAUCAGAACACACUAUUAUCAACACUACACCUUACACACCACACCACACACAGAAAGACACAGAACCACCCACUUACGAUACUCGAUACUCGAAAUACUCGUACUGUAGCGAAAAUCUCUCUCAGUUGUAGUUCGAACAGCUAAUUCCCGAUCUGAUCGGAUUAUCCCUUUCCCCCCCCCACCCCGACCACAAGUACCAGUUCCAGAAAUCUUUAUCUUUAGUAGGCGGCGGUGUCGUCGCUGCAAUGUUGCAAUGUAUUGCUUGUACUGUAAGCAGAUUAGUUUGUUUCGUAGCAGCUAAAAGAAAAAAUGAAAUGUACUCGUAUGUAGAAAUGAGGAUUACGCUAAAUGAAAGUAUGUACACGUAAGCUUUAAAGAAGAGUGCUUCGAGGAGUGGUGCAGAUGGAUGGUGCAAAGGAUGGAUUGCACUUGCAAUUUGUGUGUCGUAGUCAGUAGUUGCACGUUGGCCAGCGUCGGCCUGGCGUGCAACUAGUGCCUUACUAAAGAUAAACGCAUUACCUUAACCUUUAUACAAAUUUACUCGAUUGAAAUGUAUGAAAUUAAAUGAAUUAUUACUUCUAACAACUAACAAAGAGUGCAAAUGGUCAAGAGCAUAAGCGAAGCUGCAUUUAUUUGCUAGCUACAUACAAUACCCCACACAAUACAAUAAAAUACAACACAAGCCACUUGUAAAAGUCAAAGAAACAUAUGGAAAGUGUAAGAGAAGAGAAUUAUAUUUAUAUCGCGCCGGUUCUGCUUCACCAUACAAACAUAAGUAUACGUACAGCAUAAAAGAUAUACAUACCUACUACAGAAUUGAUAUUCAGCCACACGCUAUUUACACCAAAUACAUAAAAUACAGAUCAAGGAAAUCAUAUUUUUCAUAUAUUUGUCAGAAUAUUACUAUAACGUAAAAUGUAGUCUAAUUACUGGUCAACUCCAAGAACAUCACGAUUGGGUGGUGAAUUGUAUCUCAAAGGAAACACCUAAUCAUGUAUUGUAUCGAUGUAUAUUUAGCAAUUGAGUUUUGAAGCAAUCGUUAGCCACGAGAAUAUAUCA